AUGGAUGAGAGAAGGAUAGUAGUGGCAGUGGACGAAAGUGAAGAGAGCAUGUACGCACUAUCUUGGUGUCUCAACAACCUCUUGUCCCAAAGCAUCUGCAACACCACCCUCGUGCUCCUCUAUGUCAAGCCUCCUCCUCCGGUCUUUUCGUCUAUCGACACCACAGGGUACUUGUUUGACAGUGAUGCCUUUGCAACCCUGCAGAAAUAUGGGAAGAAAUUGGCAAAUUCAGUAAUGAACAAGGCUGAAACAGUCUACAGGAACUUUAACCCAAACGUAUGCCCCUCUGCCUAG